CAGCACCUACCCAGCAUCCUCCCUCAUAUCCGCUUCAACCUGAUGACCUCAGAUGACACGGCAGCCAUCUUGGAUCACCGCCUGGUUAGGGAGGAUCCUGGGAGUUCUGAGGUCAUCAGGAAUCAGAUACAGAAGGGGAGUCCCAACCUGAAGCCGAGGCUCGGGAUGACUACAGAAAUGGCUAUUCUGUACCCUAGUUCACGGUUUGGAAGCUCCAAAAGACUCCUCUUCAUGAACCCUCAGGAAGAAAAGUUCAUCAGAUGCAGGUACAGUCAAGAUGACAUGCCUGAUUUCUCUGCUAUGACAGUCACCAGUGAAAACGACAUCUACAUGCUGCAAACUGAAGAAUUAGAGGAAGAGAAUCAACUGUCCCUGUUUAAGUACAACCAUGCAGAAAACGUGUGUGAACCAGCAGGUGUGUCCUCUAUAUCUAAGGGACCAGAAGAUGACUUGUGCUGCCAUUGGUAUUACCUGUAUGAAGUUGAUCGCAUUUUGUACUACAUUUUGUUUAAUCCUGAAGCAGACAGACCAUUGGUGCAGGUGAGAAAGUACAACCAGAACACAAACCAGUGGCAGGAGUGUUCACAGCUGCAACUUCCUGAUAAUAUUUGGAACAGUGCAGUAUUGCCCUGCGGUCCAAACCUGUAUUUCCUCUCAACCAAGGAAAUAUAUCGCUACGAUCCAAGCGAGGACAAGUGGUGCAGGCGAACACCACUGUGGACCUUGAAUGAAUUCGAUACAGCCGUUGCCAUGGGAACUGAGAUUUUUUGCACAGAUAUUUCAUUUAAACAGACUAUUGUGUAUGAUACAGAGGCAGACAGCUGGCAAAAACUGCAAGGCUGGCCAAUCCCAGACAUCUUUGCUGUUCAUGGUCUUCCAAUUUUAUUCGUACUGGAGAACCAGUUGCACAUAUUGUUAACCUGUAUUAGCAACUCCGGGGAACAAUACGUAUAUCUCAUAUAUGUUUAUGACAGGUCUACUGAUGCCUGGAGAGAGUUGAAGGCAAAUCUGCCUAAUAGGGAGUAUUAUGCAUGUGGUUCUUUUUCCCCUGUGGCACGUAUGUACCUACCAUAUCUAAAGGGGACAUGAAGUACAUCACUUCAUACGCUUUCCAGUAUUGAUGUGCAGGAUAAAAACACAGAGAGUACUAGACAGGACUGAUAGAUAUUGGCUUUUGUGGAAUGCUGAACAAUGGGAAUUAGAUGUACUUUAAGAGUUAAGAAGAGUUACAGAUUAAAAUGCGUUCUUCUUUCAUAUAGAGAGGGGCAUAUUUCCAUAAAACAACUAAUUUGUGUCUAAAAGUCUAACAGCAGUAAUUACAAGACACCAUUACCCCUAGUGCCUUUACACUUAGUAUACUGGCAUUCAUACUAAUGUUUUGGUGACUAAGGGAGAAUGGGAGACCCAAUAUAAUAAAGUAACUAGUGUGUCACACAGGCGAAGAUGCCACAAUCUUUAUGAAAAAUUUACAAUAUAAUUCUACUUGUAUAUUACAUACAUUAAUUUUGUUUCCAGUGAUUAAUAUUGUAUUAGUUACUCACUUUUACACAGUGAAUUAGAGAGUUAUGCAUAUUAGAUUAAAACCAGUUUAAAUAGAUGAAUCUCCAUAUUACAUCUAAGUGUUAUAUUUUUACCAUAUAAAUAUUUAC